AUCCAAGCUUGAUUGUUUGUCCUACCAGGAAAAAAAUAGAAAAUCGGGACUGAAUCACAGCGAUUAGCCUAAUUGUUUUGAUUAAUUGUUGUCAUUGUUGGCGUACAAUGCAUCGCGAACUUGAAUAUGAUGGUGUUGUGUUAAUUGGUGAUAGUAUCAAGUGCGUUGUUUGGCUGAUGGACUGACAUGUACCUAUGUUAGGAAUUCCUAAAUAGACCUUUGAUGUCGGGGCCGUGUAUAAAAAUAACAUCGGGCUGUAGUGACCGUUCGCGCGGCGGCGCCUAAUCUCGCCUGCGCCCUGCAAUGAUGGCUUCGAAGAUAGUGGUGCAUAUAUCUUUACUUGUACUAGGUAUACAUGGCACAACAAUGAGAUCACUAGCAGCCCCGCCAUCAGAUGAAAACCUGCCACCGCGACCGAAAGAGGGUGGUGUUGAAACCAAAUUCUGUGAAUUUUACAACAGCACUUUACCACCACCAUGUGACCAUUCCAACAACGCCACCUGCUCCCCAACACCUGUUGUGAAAGAAGAAUGCCAACCAAUUGAGACUGACAAGAGCAAUCAUUGCUUUACAUUGUGGCAGUUUGAUAACAUAACAAACACAGCAACUGUUAAAGUUAAAGGAUGUUUCUUGGACACUGUAGCGUGCAACGACAGAGCUUUCAGCUGCAGGCUUCACAGUAUCAAACUCCCUUUACUACACUGUUGCUGCGAAGGUGACAUGUGUAACGAAAAUGCGACAUUCCCUGGUCUAUCAGCGGGUAUUGCAGCCCAGACAGAGUUUCCUCCGGAACGAGUGCCAGCUUCUCCAUUACCUACACCAGAAGAUGAUACAAAAGCAGUUAUCGCUUAUACAUUAACACCUUUAUUUGUAUUGUUUGCGGUGUUAGUAGGGUGUUACUUAUUGUACAGGAAGCGUAAAGGCAGUUCAUUCGCCGAAUUAGGAAGUGGUGAAGCGUCGUUAUCUAGACCUCCAUCAGCUGGUGCCGGCAUGGAAAAUGAAUCCGCAGGUCUUCUCGCCCAAAUCACGCUAUGCGAAGUUCGCGCUAGAGGAAGGUAUGGCGCGGUGUGGAGAGCUACAUUUGGUCAGAAAGAUGUAGCAGUCAAAGUGUUUCCAUUACAAGACAAACAGUCAUGGCUAGCGGAGCAGGAAAUAUACCGUCUCCCACGCAUGGAUCACCCUGAUAUACUGCACUAUAUAGGAGUUGAUAAGAAGGGUGACAAUCUGCAAGCUGAGUACUGGCUCAUCACUGCUUAUCAUGAGAAGGGCUCGCUGUGCGACUACCUGAAGGGCCACACGCUGUCGUGGGCGGAGGCGUGGCGCGUGGCCGCCGGCGUGGCGCGCGGGCUCGCGCACCUGCACGAGGAGGGCGGCGGCAAGCCGGCCAUCGCGCACCGCGACUUCAAGUCCAAGAACGUGCUGCUGAAGGCGGACCUCACGGCCUGCGUGGCGGACUUCGGCCUGGCGCUGGUGUUCGUGGCCGGCCUGGGCUGCGGCGACGCGCACGGCCAGGUGGGCACGCGCCGCUACAUGGCGCCCGAGGUGCUGGACGGCGCCAUCAACUUCACCAAGGACGCCUUCCUGCGCAUCGACAUGUACGCGUGCGCGCUCGUGCUGUGGGAGAUCGCCUCGCGGUGCACGGAGGGCGGCGCGGAGGGCGCCUACCGCCUGCCGCUGGAGGAGGAGGUGGGCGCGCACCCCGGCCUCGAGGAGAUGCAGGAGGCCGUGGUGCAGCGCAAGCUGCGCCCGCACAUCCCGCCGCGCUGGCGCGACCACCCCGGCCUGCUGGUGAUGUGCGACACGAUGGAGGAGUGCUGGGACCACGACGCGGAGGCGCGCCUGUCCGCCUCGUGCGUGCUCGAGCGCGUGGCCGGCCACGCCGCGCCGCCCGACGCCGCGCUGGCGCCGCUGCUGCCGCCGUGCUGACGCGCGCCCGUCCGCCUGUCUGACUCCUUGCUCUGUCACCGACCGAUGCCCGCCGUUUUGGCGCUGUGAGUGUCAUAUACUACAUAACCUUAAUAUUAGUUCCAGAGAUUCGUGUCACAUUUGCGACCAAAUUCAACAGCUGUGGGGACCACUAGUACACUCUGUUACCGGAGCGAACACUUGUGUGCUCUCGUACGACAAAACUUGGCUGCUAUCACCCUGAUGUUUCAUGAUAAAGCGGCCCUAGUUGCUUCCCUCUUCACUCUUGAUUUGAAAGAGGUGGGGACAAUGAAAGUAUAAAUCUUUCGAGAUAUCCGAGAUAUUGGAUUCUUUGAAUCUGAGACCGUGCCCGUCGAAAACCGCGGUCCCGGUUUUAUCAGAAAUAAUAUAAUUACUAGCAUCUGAUUGAAACGGUUCAAUUCAUAGCGGAAAUAGAUGUUAUAAGCUUGGCGGCUGAAUGUGCUCAGGCAAGUUCAUGGGUAGAGUAUAAAAGUAACGUGUAGUAGAUCCUUCCGCCAUCUGUGAUCGACCGUUCAGAACUCCAGUUUAAUACGACUUCGUAGAAGCUGCGAAUAGGUGCGACUUGCAAGCGCGGCAUUGUUACAAAUUUUGAAAUAAAUGAAGGUGAAAUUAUAGGUGUUUAUAAGCCUUCAAUUCCGAAGACCUUUUUCGGAAAAUUAUACAGAAAACUUCAAAAGGCAGCAGCAGAAAUACGUAGGUUUUGUUAUGUUGUUACUGAGCAAGUCAAAUUGAUAAAUGAAUCAAUUUUUGAAUUCCUUCCGAAAAAUUUCUAUAAAUGCCUGCUUGCAAAAUAUUUAAUAGGACAUAUUACAGAAUUGUCAUAUCAGAUCGUGUGACAUAAUCACUUUAAGCGAAUAAAUAGGCGUAAGGUUCGUUACGUAAGUUAGUAUUCAAUCUGCAGCACUGAAGAGUGCUAGAGUUUAAUUCAUUGUUGUAUUUUAGUAAAACGGAGUAUCAAGUACAAUACCAAGUGAUACCACUUUUACAUCGUCAAAGUCAUCUCACGCCGACUAAAAAGAUACGAUUUAAACACCAAUGAAAUACAGACCUUGUUUCUGUAAGCUUAGAUUUAAAAUACAUCAAGCUACACUCCACUAAUGCUAUCUCGCUGAUAAUAACGGCGGAUAAGGUGUUUCGCGUUUGAGUAUGCUCCGCUAUAAUUGGCUAUAUAUUCUGGACAUCUUAUAACAUUGGUAUUACCAUCAAGGCAUAGGCAUGUUGACGAAAUGCGUCAACUUGACGCCUCCUCAACAGUAAUGUACGCCAUCACAAAUUGCAAUUAUCGUUCUGACAUUGCACUUACAGGAUAUCUACAGCAGUUACUUCUAUAAUCAUUAUUUUUUUUAUAAUAUAAACCAACAAUUAAUAGACGGAUUAAUUUGACUUUUGUGCCAGGUUUGUUUCUUUAAAAACUUACGCCCGGAGCACAGAAUUCUGAGUAUGUUGAUAAUAUUUAUAGAUCGAUGUAAAUAUGAUUUUUCAUUGUAGAAAUCAU